AUGUCUCAAUCUAAUCUGGAAAUCAUACAAGCCUGUCCGAUUGACAACGCUUUAGAUGAGUUCUGCCAAUCGUUUGAUACCUCUCAAUCCCUUGACACACUUAACUUUGAUGAUCUUCAAGAACUAGCCUCCAAGCUGCUAUCUGUAUUAUCAGAUCUUGAGAUAUCUCGUCGACUUCCUUCAAAAACAAACAGAAAGACUCUACGUCAAGAUCUGCUGACGCUCAUUGUUGCUGUUGAAUCCGACGGCUUCGAUAUUGAUCGUAUUAAACCCCUCUUGAACGCUGUCUUUGCCAACAAACCCGAUCAAGAGAUCUGGGAUCGGAGAGAUAUAGACUCAGCACUGAAACGUGAACUGGGUGUGAUACAUUUUGAUGUUCCUCAAAUUCAUAAUAAGUUUUUUGGGGGUGUGGCAAAGCUUGAAACUACUUCUCAGGCCUUUUUUGAGGAAUGUAGUACAGGAACUGAUCCAUCUUUCAUUGAAGGAUGGGUUGGGUGGCCUAUCGGUGCACUGGAGAGAGAUGUUCUUAACUGGUUGGAAACAUUCAUUGAGAAGCUGGCAACAUUCGCACAGGACUACAGGGUAACCCCAACACGAAGGAUUAUAGCAAAUCCCAAUAAGCCUGUUACAGGCUCGGUCUCAACGCGGAAGUUAGAUAUCGGCUUCGUGAACAAUACCAAGAAAGAUACAACAUGCCAUUGGUCACAGAUCCUCAUACCGGGAGAGCUUAAGAGCAACCCAGCUGCCGAUACACAUUCACACUCAUGGCUUGAUCUUGGGAGGUAUGCAAGAGAAGUAUUCUCUGCUCAAGAUACUCGUCGUUUUGUUUUGGGCUUUACAUGUUGCGGAUCUUUUAUGAGGAUAUGGAAAUUUGAUCGACUAGGCGCGGUUUCAUCAGAGAAGUUUGAUAUCAACAAAGAAGGGCUUCUUUUUGUAUCUACGAUACUUGGAUUUCUCUGGGCGGAUGAGGAAGAGCUUGAGUUUGACUCUACAAUUAAGACAGCAGGUAGCCAACGCUUCAUAGAGAUUGAACGGAAAGACGGGAAGGAACGUCUUGUUAUUGAUAAACUGAUGAUUCGGACGUCAUGUGUCAUAGGUCGGGCAACAACAUGUUGGAAAGCCCAUCAUGAUAAACAUCCUUCGAUACCUCUUGUUAUUAAGGAUUCGUGGCAGUACUCGGAGCGCGACGAGGAGGGUGAGCUGCUAUGUGAAGCAUCUCAGAAAAAUGUGGUUAAUGUUGCUCGUUACUAUCAUCACGAAACUGUCCGAAUACUUGGUAUGGAAGAUGACAUAGUUGGAAAUAUUCGAAAAGGAACGAAGAUCCCAAAAGCAUCAAAUUUACCGCAGAAUCCCUCGGCCAUUCCUCGGAACAUGGAUACAGCCGGUACUUUAAGCAACGCCGGCCAGAAACGAUCAUCCAGCCAGGCUAGCAUUCUUAUGCCGCCCACACCCAGCAAGCGACCCCGUUUAGCAUAUUCUUCAACAACUACAACCAAGGCGAAGAGUGAGCCGCCCCCACCCAGCAAGCGAUCCCAUUCAGCACCUUCUUCAACAACUACAACGAAGGCGAAGAGUGAGCCGCCCCCAAAUCGAAUACAUCGGCGAGUUAUUGUUUCUGACUAUGGAGAACCUAUCUAUACAGCAAACUCUCUAAUAGCUUUGCUCACUGCAUUGGAAGGUUGUAUAGAAGGACAUGAAAGUCUAUACAACGCUGGCUUCCUUCACAGAGAUAUCUCAAUCAACAAUCUGAUGAUCAAUGAAGAUAAAAAUAAUUCUUCUUGGCCUUCAUUCUUGAUCGACCUUGAUUCAGCUAUCAAAGUGGAUCGAGAGGUUUCCUCGGGUGCAAAGGGGAGGACUGGUACAAGAGCGUUUAUGGCUAUUGGAAUUCUUAAGAAUGAACUGCACUCCUUUAUGCAUGAUCUUGAAUCGUUUUUCUGGGUAAUCUUUUGGAUAUGCAUUCACUACAAAGGGCCGGGCAAGAGUAUUGGUGCAACUGAAUAUAAUGAUUGUAACUUUCAGUCCGACAAUAACUUAUCAUAUACAAGACGGCUACGAUUUGCCAUGGAGGAGAUUUUCUUGAAAUAA